UUCGAUUUAGAGACCAGGAAUCUGCCGCGCGAGCAAAAGCAGUUGUUGGUUCACAUCGCAUUCCCGUGCCCGAAAUACCUAGACCAGUUCCUAUAGAAGGAGGCAUAAGCUUGGCUAGUCUGGAGUCAAUCUUGAGUGUUAAACCUCACCAACCUGAGCUCGAGCCAGAUCUUUCGGAACCGGAUCCUGCGAUAAAAUACGACCACAGCAAGGAUGCGUACCGUGAAUUCUUGUAUAUUCAAAUUCGAGAUGCUUGCAAGUUAUUUCUAACGCGAUUCGUAUGCAUUUACUAACUCGAUAUCCACUAGAUGAUAUCCGUAGCGCUCCGGCCAAAAAGCGUGAACACUACCUCUCAAGAGCGGCUAUGCGUGCAUUCGUAGGUUGGGCAGGAUUCACUGAUAUCAAACCUUUACCACAGGGUACGCCAAUACUCGAGCAGGGAGAUGCAGUCGAUCAUCCUUUGAUGCGACAUGCAGUCAGUAACUACGCUGGUUUCCUUCGUAUGCGUAACCCAUUGGAGCUCCCUCCCGUACCAACUUCCAAUCCCGCUACAGUGGGUCUUCCAUCGACACCAUCUGAGAAGGUGGAGGUACAAGCAGAUUCUACGCAUGCGGUUGCCUCAGACCUCCCAAUAUCUACUGCCAGUGAUGCUUUCGAGGAGGUUACUCCUAUACCAUCUGCUGAACCGGUUGUCGACCCACUAGUCACUCCCGCUUCUGACCCUUCACCUUUGCCUAUUUCUACUGUUUCCAAUCCUACUCCAACUCCCAAACCCACUCCAGCUCCUUCACAGUUGGCCAAUUCACCCGAGGCCAUCGCCCAAUUAAGGAUGGCCAACUCGAUCCUCAAGAAAAUCCACAACCCGAAAAAAGCUAAAACCCAGGUGCAUUCCCAGUCUCAAACAAACAGGAAUCUAACACCGGGUCCGCCGCCACAAAAAUCACGGCGACCGCAGAAGAAUGCGACCCCUUCAGCACAAUCAGGAGAACACCCGGUGUCAGUGGAAGUAGACGGUAAAGCUGUAGAUACAUCGAAGAAUAAUGCUACUGGUAAACUACGAGGCUUCAUGGGCAACUGGUUUUGAUAAAUUUGAUUCAUUCAUACUGCUCGUAAUCUCAUUUGACGAUAAAACGUUACCACUCACUGGACUUUGGUUUAAAUUUUUUCGGGGAGGCACGAUUCUCGAUUGAUGCACAAGCAGUCCAAUGUGCAUUCCUGUACUACUGAGAUGGAGCUUUAAUAGUCUGUAGGAGAGCUGCUAAGUGACCCCUCAGUGCUCUCACUUAAGGCGAAUCGCUACGUUUUACGUGUGCGCAUGCGGUCAUGUCAUAUUGCAUGUAAGUGUAUAGGGUACGAUAAUUGGCCAUGGGUUGUACAAAAUAUAAUCAGAUGUUCGAAGGAUAGAGCAUCUGAAGAGCACAGAACAUGAGUUUGAGAU